AUGCACCAGAGCAAGAGUGGAAACGCUGUGUCCAGGAAUAAUCCGGGUAUUCAUUCCAACGCUACUACUGCUGCUACCAGCAACAACAAUAAAUCUCAGCGGAGAUUGAGCUUGUGCUCUCAAAUAGCCACGCACUCGUCCCCAAUUGUUUUCCCUGAGAAACAGAAACGCAGCAAGAAGCUCAAGGCUGCCUCUUCCAAUUCCAAGAGGAGCACUGAGGUCAUUGCUGAUGAUCCUUUUCCAUUCGACCAACCCAAGAUUGAUGAGCACAGAAUAGACAUAGGUGGAGGAGCAGCUGCAGGAGGAGACGAAAACUCUGAUUUGUUAGGCUAUGUUGUCUUCUCUGGGAAACUGAUUUUGGAUAAGAGAAACACCUCUUCCUCUUCCUCCUAUCAUAGCAGUACUACUAAAGACCAAGCUGACGUCACCAAACGACAAGCCGUUGAUGCUAAGCUUACAAGCAAAGCUUUAGUUUGGGGUUCUCAUAUGCUCCAUCUUGAGCAUGUAAUCUCGGUAUCAUACAAUGCUGGUCUCAGACAUUUUACGGUGCAUUCUUAUCCCAUAAAAAGGAGUUCAUGUGGGAUGUCUUGCUUUAUUAAACCUAAAAGAACUCGCAAAGACUACCGUUUCUUGGCUUCUAGUGUGGAAGAGGCCAUUCAAUGGGUUGGUGGAUUUGCUGAUCAGCAAUGCUAUAUUAAUUGUCUGCCUCAUCCCUUGGCUUCAUCGAAGAAGCAAGCUUCUUCUGAGUUACUUCCUACUGAACCCCCUCCUGAACUGCUUUUCAAGUGCAAGAGCCCUCCCAAAAUGCUUGUCAUAUUAAAUCCACGCUCAGGCCGCGGUCGUUCGACUAAAGUUUUCCAUGGAAUUGUGGAACCAAUAUUUAAGCUUGCAGGGUUCAACUUGGAGGUAGUCAAAACAACAUCUGCUGGCCAUGCUAAAAGUCUUGCUUCUACUGUUGAUAUCAGCACUUGUCCUGAUGGAAUUAUAUGUGUUGGUGGUGACGGAAUUAUUAAUGAGGUUCUAAAUGGUCUGCUAAGUAGAGAUAAUCAGAAAGAAGGAAUAUCCAUACCAAUUGGAAUUAUACCUGCUGGUUCAGACAAUUCACUAAUUUGGACUGUUCUAGGGGUUAGAGAUCCAGUUUCUGCUGCCAUAUCUAUUGUGAAGCUAGCAAAUUCAUGCUACUGUUUCAGCGUUGGAUCAGAAAGGAUGUUUAUCACUAGGGAACAGAGGACAGGGAUGCAUGGAAGUAGUAGGGCGAGUGUCAAGCAUAGGUUUGACAUUUGGGGGGGUCUGACUGCUACGGAUGUUUUUGCUGUCGAGUGGAUACAGUCUGGUGUUAUACAUUUUGGAAUGACAGUCUCAUAUUAUGGCUUUGUCAGUGAUGUGUUGGAACUUUCUGAGAAAUAUCAGAAACGCUUUGGUCCAUUGCGUUAUUUUGUUGCUGGAUUUCUCAAGUUCUUAUGCUUGCCAAAGUACAGCUAUGAAGUGGAAUAUCUUCCUGCAUUAAAAGAGGAUCGGGAAGGAAAACAGUCAGCCGAAAGAGUAGUAGUUGACAUGUCAGACUUGUACACUGAUGUGAUGAGGAGAUCUAACACAGAUGGCAUUCCCAGAGCCUCUAGUUUAUCAAGUAUCGACUCAAUAAUGACUCCAAGCCGAAUGUCUGGAGGGGACUUGGGUGCAAACUGCAAUAGCACUCAUGCUAGCACCGAACCAUCUGAGUACGUGCGUGGGUUAGAUCCAAAAGCAAAACGCCUGUCAUUAGGGAGGACAAAUGUAACGUCAGAGCCAGAAGUUAUUCAUCCGCAGUUACCGCUGUCAACAACUCCAAACUGGCCAAGGACCAGGUCAAAGUCGAGGGCCGAUAAAGGAUGGACGGGAUUGACUGUUACACAUGAUCCUUCUCGAUGUUCUUGGGGAAAUGCCACAACAAAUGAUAGAGAGGAUAUAUCUUCAACAUUAUCUGAUCCUGGUCCAAUUUGGGAUGCUGAACCAAAGUGGGACACUGAACCUAAUUGGGAUGUGGAAAAUCCUAUUGAAUUGCCAGGGCCAUCAGAUGACAUAGAAUCCGGAAUGAAAAAGGAAGUCAUUCCUAGGUUUGAGGAUAAAUGGGAAUUUAAAAAGGGACAAUUUAUUGGUAUCAUGGUUUGCAAUCAUGCUUGCAGAACUGUUCAGAGUUCUCAGGUGGUAGCACCAAGGGCUGAGCAUGAUGACAACACCAUGGAUAUGGUUUUAGUUCAUGGUAGUGGGCGACUGAGGCUACUGAGAUUUUUCUUGCUAUUGCAGAUGGGUCAACAUGUUUCUCUCCCAUAUGUUGAGUAUAUUAAGGUAAAAUCUGUGAAGAUAAAAGCUGGGAAGCACACACACAAUGGUUGUGGAAUUGAUGGUGAGCUUUUUCAACUUAAUGGGCAGGUAAUCUCUUCUUUGCUGCCAGAGCAGUGCAGACUCAUUGGCCGGUCCCCAAGCCAUCCCAUGUAA